AUGGAAGUAAAACAAGAAAAUAGCGGGGAAUCGUGUAAAAUGGAAAUAGAGUAUAAUGACUUGGAUAAUGCUCUCUUAGAUGGCUUUAAAUGUGAAAUUAAGGAGGCAUCCAUAGGUCAAAACAAAAUGCCACCGAAACGAUUAUCGACUUCAGAGACUGUUAAAAAGAGAUUCCGAAAAUCAGUCACGCUAGGAACUAAACUAGAAGUAUUACGUCGUAUAGAAGCUGGAGAGAAAAUUUUUGAAAUUUGUGUGAACGGUGAUGUGCUUGACAUACUUGAAGCUGAUAGGGAACCCCUUUCAUAUGACGAACUCAUCCAGUUAAAAGCAGAACCAGCAGUUGAUGAAGAGACAGAGCCUGUUGUAUCGAAACAGCUAACAUCAAACAAUUUGUCGAAAGCUUUUUCCUAUUUCGAACAAGGUAUAAACAUCCUCCUUGAAAACGACCCUGACGACGAACGUAGCACUAAAGUUUCUCGAGAAAUUAACUCUGUCAUAAGCUGCUAUAAAUCACUGAAAAACGAAAUAGACAAGAACUCAAUACAAACAACGUUGGACAAUUUUUUUAAGCCAGGCCCAUCCUUACCAGCGAAAAAUGAUGACGACAGAGAUUUGCACGGUAACAUUUCUUCAUCGUCAUCAAAUUGA